GGGGGUUCCAAAGAACGAUUUCGAAAAGCCCGCCAUUUUUGUGACCUGAUGAUGACGACGCUUCGACGUACGCAUGAGUCUCGCGACGCACGCUUUUCACGCGCGACCCGAAAAAGCGAGCGCUGCUAGCGCCGCCUUACGUCAGAAACGCGAACGUUCUCCGCAAUCUGCUACAAUGGCGGCGCCUACGCUAGUCUCCCGUAAUCGCAGGUGCUUCCUCGGUUUUUGAUAACGCGUUUUUCCCGGGCCUCUCUUACUUGCGCCCCGAGCUCGCGGAUCUACAGCCAUGACUUCCCUAUCGCCCAACUGCGAGCUCGAAGAGGGCGAAAUAAGCGACGAUCCCGAAGAGUUGGGCGACUACGAUGCGAGGACCGCCCUGGUACCUAGGCCUCCGGCCAAGCCAUUCGGCAUCGAGACGUCGUCUUCGUCGUCUCGCACGACGCCGCCCCAUCCGCACAAGUGUCGGCACCGAGUCAACAACUCGACGCCUCGCUACUACAAGAAACCCCUGUCAGUCUUCAACCCGCCCGGCGGUCACUACGACCGCAACAGCGGGGGUCACUCGCGUCCUCCCAUCGGCGGCGGCCUGCGGUCGGCCGUGCUCUGUCGACCUCCCCCUCCAAGUCGGGGCUGUGCGUCUCUACCGUCUUUCGUGACGUCGCACGACUCAUCCGGCAGGACUAGCGGCGAUGAUCGGUGCGGAGGGCGUAGGUCCACGUCGCACCUCGACCAUUACUCGUGGUUCCGCCGGCCUUCUUCCUCGUCGGGCCACUCCAGUCGGGACCACCUCGAGAGCUCGACGACGUCUUCUUCUUCUUCCCACGGGCGCUUCCAGACACCGUCUUCGCAGCGGUCGCGACCCGAACGAAGCCCGCCACCGCCCGCUUCCCACUCUGGGAGUGCGAGGAAAAACCAAUCCCAACCCAAGUUUCUGCAGAAUUCCGUCGUCAUGACCCAUCGUACGAGGAUUUGCCUCGCCCAGUACAAGAGUAUUCAGCAUCAACUCGAGGAUCUCAACAAGAGCCCACAGCAGCUGCAUAUAGAUGGGAACUAA